AUGAAUGAUAACAAAAUGACGAUAAUAAAACAGAACAAAGAUAAGAGUCACAGUGAUGUGGUGCAUGUUGGAAGUUCUAAUGAAGAUACAAAAGAAACUGUUAUCCACGAAAACAGCUAUAAUGGAAAUGAAGAUGAUGAUGACACUAGUGAUAAUAAUGAUGAUGAUGAUGAUGAUGAUGAUGAUGAUGAUGAUGAUGUCAUUGACAGAAAUAAAACUGAUACUGAUGACUAUCGAAAAGAAAGUGGAACCUUUGAGGAAAGUGAUGAUGACGAUAUUGAUGAUCUCAAAACAAGGCAUUUGAAAGGUACUGUACAAUAAUAUUAGCCACUGCUGAUCCAUAGUUAUUAGUUAGUAAUUGAUUUCCUGUUUUAAAUGUUGUUCUCUGGAAACUGAAAAGAGUUGUAGACAGAAUUCAAACAAGAAAAGUUGGCUCAUUGUUUGCCUCAUGAUGUAGUUACUAAUUAAUCAGCAUCACAAAACACAGCAAAUGAUUGUGUUCAAAUUUAACUUCUUCUCUAAUGUUUCGUGAGGCCUAAACACUAAAUACUUUAUUAUUUUAUAUCUUACAUUUAAUUUUUUUCUAAAGGAACUGAAGAUCCAUUUGUAGUUCAUUUUGAACAAGACUUAGAAGAAUCUGCAGAAAAACAUCUUAAUGACCUUAAGUCCUGGCAAGUUAAAACCAGCAAAGUGAGUUGCAUUCUUCUUUGUGUCAGUGUAUUUCUGGAUUAGACCAAAACUUUGACUGAGGUUAUUAAAAAAAAUUAUGGGGUUGUUUUGUUUUCCUCUUACAGCUGUACUUGUUAAUUCUUAUUAACAAAAUUAUGUUCAUUAUUGCAUUUCUUUUUAUUUCUGAAUCAUUUUCAGAUUGCUUCAUUUGGCAGUGUCACUGAAGUGAUUCCAUCUGUCAAGCCUUUACCAAGUGUACACAUUUAUGUCAAUAAGGAAACAACAUUUACAGAUUUAAAGGUAAAUGUGAUAUUAAUAAUAAUAAUAAUAAUAAUAAUAAUAAUAAUAAUAAUAAUAACAAUAAUAAUAAUAAUAAUACAAAAGCAUGGUAGAGAUAAAAGCCACUCGAGGAUUUUAGUACUUUCCACUCCCUGUGAUUCCGAUAGCUAAUCAGAUCAUCUGGCAUUGUUGUAACGACCAAUCAGUGUUGCGGCCAAAAUCUGGCCACAGCAGCACAGGCGUGAGGGAAUGUAGGGAAACUGCUAAAACAGGAGCCUGAUCUCAGGUUAAGCAUAAGCAUAAUGUGACAAUUAAUGCGUUCUAGAUCCUUGUUGUGGAAUUCCCCUCAGUAGUCCCCCUGGGCUUUUGUUAUGUCGUUUACAGACAUAAUAAACAUGGCUACCUGCUGAAAUGUUGUGAGUUUCAGUGUUCAACAGACCUACACAGAAUUAGUUUGUCUCUUCAUUUGCAAUGAGACGAGUGAGAUACUGUGAAAAUAAGUUACCUCUAGAUUUGAAAGGAUUAAAAAUUUUGUACUCGUGGAACAAGAUACUACUAUAAUAUUAUUAAAAAUAUAAUAAUAAAAAGUGCAUGUCUACAUUAUUUUUGUUUUCUAGUUGAGGGCUAGUCUUCUUCAAGGUUGGGAAAAAAUCAAUGAAAAAUUAAGCUUUGAAGGUAUGCUGUUUGGUUUCUUUUUUAGUGUUGUGUUACUUUUAAUUUCAGCUAUUAUCUUAACUAUGUCUUCAUGGAGUACAACAUUAUUUCUUUAGUUUUUGAGUUUAACUCUUUAAGCCCUUGUAUCAACAUUCAAAUUCAUACAUUUAGAAUCAGUAAAGAGUACAAAAAAUUGAGUAAGGGUCAAACCUUUUUUCCCUAUUGUGAUCAGUUCAUUAAUUCUUAUAACCUUUAUAUUGAUUGUGUCUUUAUUGUUAGGAGAAAAUUGAUGUUGGUCACUCUUACGAAAACAUGCCAGGUUUCCCUGUUGUGAAAGUAAAGGCCAGAGUAUAACAUCCUGGUUCGAUGUUGCUUGCAGGAGAAGAGACAGGCCUUAAAAAAUCAACCCAAGGAAAAAUAACUAUAAUGUCCUUUUGCCCCUCUUUCAACAGGGAACUCUGUUUGCAGCAUACUGUAGUAAUUUUUUGUGUACAAAUGUCUGAUGGUUAUUACUUCUUUACAGGUUUGUUCACUCCACUUCAACAAAAUCUUUUUCAGCACAUAAACUCAUACCAGGCAAGUUUUCACUGUAUAUAAUAUAUAUGUAUAUAAUAUUUUGUUUCUCACAAUGUUUAAAUUCCAAAAUUAAUGUUUUACCAUGGUAGAGUAAGCUCAGCUAGCAGAUUACUGGUCUGCAGAGAAGGAUGUGAUGGGUCCGAUCCCGGGAACCAGACCUGAACCAAUACUCAGGGUGUUAAACAAUAAUGAGGAAGAAACUGCUGCCUUUACAUUGCCAAUGGCUAGACCCUCACGUAACUGGGAUGGCCAUGUAGAAGUAGUGGUCCUGUCUCUAGCUGGGGUUAAGUUGUAAACAACAGUAUCUGGAACUCGGAAAAAUACUUGAAUUCCAGCUUGUCCUUUGGACAAGCAGCUCUCACUUUUUGCCUGCCCAGGGACCACUUCUUGCUCCUCUUGGUUAAAGAUUUUGUUAAGGGAUGACUUACCUGUACCCUUGCUCCUUAGGCAAGUAAGCUUUCUAAGUCACCAUACCAGCCGAGCAAGAAAAUCUACUUGUCGUGGACUACCAGAUGGGACUUUUUUCGAGCUUUGAGUAUCCUAUUAGCAUGUUGUGAUGAAUACAUUGACCCUUAAGUAAAGCAGGUUUGGGGGUUGGAGGUGGGGGGGGGGGGAGGAGGAGUGGAGGGUUAUUUACAUGUAGAGCUUUAGAACAGUAAUAUUAAACUGUUCAGGACAUAUCCUGAACAGAUCCUCUUACUCGAUUUUUGCAUGGGAAGAUGACGUGUUUAAGAGAAGAUCGAGUCUGGGAGGUCAUCAAAAUAUUUUCUUUGGCUCCAACAUUGAACUUGGAAGCUGGUUACAAGCUUCCUGGGAAGUUUUGUCAGGUGAUUCACAUUACAAAUCACAUGACAAAAUGUCACACUCCAUCACGUGAUAAAGAUUCUUAGAUGGAAUUGAAAGCUUGUGUGUCUUAAAUAAAGCUUUAUCCUAGAGUCUUAAACCUCUUUUAUGCUCAGAUAAUAAUGUUGGUUUGCACAAUAAUCCAUGGCAGUGAUAUUGUGUUGACCUCAUGGUGUAAAAGUUUGAUUUUGGUUAAGAAAAAGGUGAUCAUUAAAUUUUAAAAGACAAUCCAUUGUAAAGGGUAAUCAUGAUUAAUUAGACGUAAGUUAUAUUUCUUGGACUUUUAACAGGAUGUUUUCUACUCCAACCGCACAUUCCAGAACGGUGACGAGAUUAGAAGGCUUUAUUGCCUUCAUGCUCUUAAUCAUAUACUGAAGUAAGUUUACUUUCAUUCAUGUACUUUGUGCACUCAUACAGCCAUGCACUUUUCCAAAGACAUCAAGUGACAAAUGAAACUAUUGGCUGGCAGCUAACGAGGCCAUAAGUUGAUCUGCUUUUCAUCUGAUUUUUGACAUUACAGUCAUGUGUUAACUCUUUCAGUCAAAGUUAUUAAAAAAAUUCUCCAAUCUCACUUUGUGCCAUCAAGCUCACAGAAAUGGCACUUUAUACAACUGUAAAUUCUUGCAUUAUUACUUUGUAUAGAAUGUUGAGAAACAAACAACACCAUAUGAAAAUACUGCUGAUGAACAAUUUAUUGUUUCAGUGGUAAUACCACUGGUUUCCUCACAGACUCAAAAAUUGAAAACUGGUACUGAGAGCGUACUGGUCAGAUGUGUUCUCAAUCACUCCAGGCUUCUUAAGAAAUUUGUGCUAAAUGCUUAAACUUUUUUUCAACUAUGAUCGAAACUGAUAAACUAAGGAAAGAAGACCAAGCCUUACAAAAAGAAAUUCAAGAUCUAAAAAAUCAACUGAAGAAAGUCACUGACGACAUGUGUUAUUACGAUUUUUAUUUCAUUUAUUAUUUUGCAAACUGUAAACUUUCCUUAGUUAGCCUUAGUCUUAAUUUCAUAUUUUGCACUCAUUGUCCUGCCUCGAAUAGCCUUGCUAACUGUAGGCCAUGCUUCUGUAAUAUUAUCUGUUUAUAAAUAAAGUUUGUUGUUGUUGUUGUAGUUAGAACCACUUUACAUGACCCCAUCACUCACUCUGACAGUGAAAGUGUUAAUCUGGGGAUGACUCUAGUGCAUACUCAGCUAUUUUUUAGUUUUCAAGGAUUUUACAAGAAAACCUUGAUUUUCUUUGUGAGCUUUUUACCUUGGUCACUUAGGAGGGAAAGAGCAUUAUUUCAUGUGUUAUUCACAGGGCUGUCAUUAAGAGGCGGGAGCCAGGGAUUUCCCCCGGCUACUAAGAACGUGGCCCCUGGCUACUUUGAAUUUAUAAGAAAAUAGAAGAAAAAUAUAACCAAAAGAAUCUUCUCUAGCUGUUUGAUUCCCAGGUGCCCACUUGUUGUAGUUACCGGGCGACUUGAAAUCUUAGUGACAGCCCUGAUUCAUAUAACAUUUCAUAUUAGCUUAAAGAGAGGCAAUGUGUUGUAAAAAAAUAUUGUGGGUAGAAUAAUUGGAAUGUUAUAAUGACUGAGACCAGUGCUUGGGUAAUUACAUUUGAAAAUAAUGAUAAAUAAUGUUUAUCUGACAAUCAUUUACUUACAGGACUCGUUCAAGAGUAACAAAAAACACUCGAAAAAUUGUUCAGUCCUGGAAAGAUAAGAAGGAGAUUGGGUGAGCUUUUAUUUAUUCAUUUAUUUAUGAGGAGAAAGGUACUGGACGCAAUUUAAUUGGAACUUUCUGUAGAAACCAAGGAUUGAUGAUCAUAAUGAUGACGCAGGCAGUGAUUCAUAAUAACAACAGAAAUAAUAUUAAUAUUUCUGUUCUUCUCAGAGGCUGUUUGAAUAGCUUCUGAAAGAGUGGCCAGUAUUAGCUGCAUGUGUAGAUAUGUUACAGGUCAAAAUUAUGUUCAGGUUAAAUUUUUUAACCUAGGUUGAUUCUCAAUUUCCUUUCUCUCCUAGCCCUAAUUCUUGAAUAACUAAUUGAACCUGUACUAGAUGUACAUGUAUAAAAUGUAUUAUAUAGCUAUUGAUUCUGAUGAACUGUCAUUUUUUCUCACAAGCGACACUGUAUUUUUCUUAAUAGUGAGCAACGUGAUCAAGGACUAACAAGACCAAAGGUGUUGAUCUUAGUUCCUUUUCGAGAUGCAGCAUUAAAGUUAGUUGAAGUCAUGAUGCAGCUUAUCUGUCCAGGAAAUACUGUAAGAAAAUUUUAAACCAGUUACAACAAUAAUAAUACAUGUACCUACCUGCCAACUUUUUCCAGUCACAUGUUUGAGUUUUUCGCCUUGUGAUGACUUGGAUUUCUGAAAACAUCCCGGUGACUUCUGUAGAUUUGCGACGAUUUUCCUUAGACUUCCAAACGCUUCCAAAAAUGUCCGAAGAUCUUCUGACGACCUUUGAGAACUUCUGAAGCUGUUUAAAAGACAACACUUUCAGUGUGUUUUCAUUUCAUUAGAACACAAAGUCAUGAUCAUUUUAAUGCCUUAGUUUUUGAAAUAUUUUUGUGGAAAUGGAAUUGAAUCUUUGUUAUUAAUCAUGUGUUGAAGAACAAUUUGUCUGGAUUUGUGAGUCAUGUGUGAGAAAUUGUCUUUGAUACAUGACAUCAACGUCUUAAGUAAGUAGGCGAGAGACUCACACAUAAUGCUUGAGAGUUGACAGGUAUACAGUAAAACCAUCUAGCGGUUACAACUGUCAUCAGUAGUAAAUAAACUUUUACCCAUAACAUCUCUCUAAGUAUUUCAUAACAUCUUCCUCUUAAGCUUGAACUUUGAAUUUAAUAUUAGUAACAUCCAAUAAGCUCAAAUGUAAGGGCUGUUUUUGGUUACACCCAUUAUUACAGCCCUUGUUGUAUGCCAAUUGGUGUUUAUUUUCCUUUAGACUUCUCAUGUUACUUUCAUCCUAUGUGGUUAUUUCCAAAUAAAAUUAUAAAUAUACAUUGUAAAAUUAAUAGACUGAGAAAGAAGCAUCAAAGCGUCUGAACAAUACCCACAGCCCAGGCCUGCAAAUAUUUUUCCUUUUUAGAACAGACGUAUGUCGUCCGACCAGGUCACUGUUUUAGUCAGACAAACCAAAAUGUUCAUUGUUAGACACGCAUAAUUGAGUUUUAAUUUCUUUAUUAUUACUUUGCAAAUUUACAAAAAAAUCUUUGGUAUUUGGUCUAUCUGUUUUUUUUUUUUGUCCAAAUUCUUUAGAUGCAGGUAUGAUUUCCUUGCAAAGCAAAUUUUAGGCAGAAAUUGUUUGGUGACUGUCUGUUAUUUGCAGCUCUGCAAGCUCCUCCAUUAUACAAUCCCUAAUACAGUACGCCCACCUUUCAAAGCACAGAAUCAUUUUUAGCCUGAUCCUUUUAUUUUGAAUUUCUAAUACAAAAUAAAGGGCUUGUGCAGUAUUCUCCUUAUCAGGCAGUAACUGCUAAAAUUUACUGCCUGAAGCAAUGCUUCUUACCGCCUGCAGCUGCUUGGAGGUUUAGUAAAACUUUUAAAAAAGUAGAUUUUUAAAAAAAGGAAGUUUUGAUCCGAUUCGAUUCUCACAAGCAAAAUGAAAAAAUAUAUACGGAAAAGUACUAAAGUAUACACAGCUUUUCUUUUUAUGGGCCCUGCAUUGUGGAAAGAGAACAUAAGGACAGAAUAAAAUUCUUUGAAUCAAACAUUUUAAAUUAUUGUUGUCUAAAGAUAACAACGGCCGAUUUGCGUAAAAUAGGUCUUAAAAUGAGGGAAUGAUGUCUCAGAAAACUUAGCUCCAAAAUUUCUCAGCAGGAGUGGGGCCAUGUACCUCACUCCACUAUACCCCUCCCCCCCCUUCUCCCCAGGAAAGUGCACCUCUGGCACAUAUUUUUUGCCUUACCGGCCAUGAAUGGUCCCUUACCUGCUGAGCUAAAAUGUAGGGAGAACACUGCUUGUGAAGGAUGUUUAUGGAAUAUUAAAUUUACAAAGUUUUGUAAACAUUUUCUUUCAGGGUCAAGUUAAGAACAAAAAGCGUUUCUUUGAAGAGUAUAGGGAGGAAGAGGAAUCUGACAUUUCUAAAGACAACAAAACUGAAGACUUUAAACAGAUGUUUGCAGGAAACAUUGAUGAUUGUUUCCGGAUAGGAAUAUCAGCCAGUAAAAAGUCUCUAGAAUUAUAUGCAAAGUUUUAUUCUUCAGAUAUUAUUGUGGCUUCACCACUCGGACUGAGGACCAUCAUAGGAAAUGAAGGGUAAUAAAAUUAUUAAAUGAGCAUUGACCAGCAUCAAAUUUCUCCUCAAAACAACACUGCUUGAUUUGUAAUCAAAAACACUUAGUAAAUUUCUAGAGAAUUCCAAUCUAACUGUAAAUACCAUAGGGUACUUUAUACAGUAAGUUUACUUAUGUUAUGGCAGCUAGCAAACUAUUCAGGUUGUCAUCAUCAGUAAAUAAUGUUAUGCAACCUGUAAUCUGAUUGUAGGGAGAAGUCCCAUGAGUAUGAUUUUCUUUCGUCCAUUGAAGUUAUUAUAUUGGAUCAAACGGAUGUCUUUCUCAUGCAGAACUGGGAACAUGUUCAGGUACAUGUACCUAGCUAGCUAGUCCACUAGGGUGCAAUCCUUCAACCAAAACUUCUGGAAAACUGAAUGCAAUGGAUGGGUCUAACUGGAAAAGUUUUGGUGAAGGUGGAAGUGUUUUUCAGUUGAACCACAAGGUCUUGCCAGAAAUUUGCCUUCCAUUUAAUCAAUCCUGUUCCCAUUUUCAGUUUCAAAAUUUCUAUGAACUUUGAUCCACACCUAAGUGGAUCCAGGGCUUUCACCAAGGGCUGGGGGCCACAAAUUGAAUUUCCCCUGCUGGCUAUUAUGAGCGUGAACCCUGGCUACUUUCAUGGGAAACAAAUGAAAAUAGAUCAACCCAAAAUGGUUCAAUUCCCUGCCCACCAUUUGCAUAAUUAUACCUAGCAAACUUGAAGUGUUAGCAGUAGUUCUAGGAUCAGUUUUAUCUCACUGACCCAUGAGGAUGCAAAAUUUGUCUCCUGGCCCAGAGAGGAAUAAAACAAGAAUGGUCAAAGUUGUGUUCCUUUUACCUCCAUAAAAUUUUUAGAAAUUCUGUUGAUACUUUUGGUUGAAUGGGUUGCAACUGUAGUGUCAGUUCUCACUAAGUCUUGACUAGUGUAAUAAUUACAGUACUGUUUUUGUUUACACAAGGGCUAAAAAUAUCAAAAAAAUAUAAAUUUACAUUGUAAUUUUAUGUUAUGUUGUCAAUAUUGAUGUAAUUAUCAUAUGUCUUGGUCUCUAAUCCUCCCACAGCACAUAUUUCAGCAUCUUCAUCUACAACCCAAAGACUCACAUGAUGUAGAUUUUUCACGUGUCAGAAUGUGGUGCCUAAAUGGUUGGUAAGUGUUCCAGUUUUUUAUGCUUUCAGCCGUAAAACUGGUACGUUGCGGCUACUUCAGCCAUAAUUAUUAUGUUUGCCAUGGAUUCAUUGUGCUUACUAGUUUGCCAUGAUGUUUUUUUUUUUUUUCAGGUCUAAGUUUUACAGACAGACCUUAAUCUUCAGCAGCUUUGUCUCCCCAGAAAUGAACUCAUUAUUCAACAGACAUUGUUACAAUAUCCUUUUUAAGUUGAUAACACAUUUUUAUAAUUAACAAUAAAUUAUUGAAUGAGGCUGAGUAUCAUCUGAAGAAUUAUGGAGAUCUCGGAGGGUGUUAUCUGCCUCAGCUCCAAUGCAUGAUCCAUUGAACCAAAAUUUUUGAAAAUUUUAUGAAGGUGAUAGAUUGCAACUCUGGAAUGGUCCCAUUUUAUUUUAAAUGGGGGCUGAUGUGCAGUAAGUUAAUGGAAUUGAUUGAUUCAGUUUUCGACUGAAGUUUCCAGAAAAUUUGGUACUUGAAAUAGGAGUGGUCAUAUGGAAGGGCAAAUUUCUAUUAAAACUCCUCCAAACCAAGAAAAAUGGUUGACCACAAAUUAGUUGGACCUUCAACUAAAACUUUUCCUGUUGGACUGAACUGAUCCUUUCAAAUUAAAUGGACUGAAAUUUCCAGAAAUUUUGGUUCAAUAGAUCUGGCCUUGGGUUAAUUAUUAUUGUUUUCCAGGAAUGUUUUUGGUACAAGGUUAAAGUAAUCGUACCACCCUUACAUGUACCAUACUAGUGACUCACAUUGGUCUAACUUGGGUGUUCUUGCUUGCAGGAUCUUCCAUUUAAGGUUUGGGUCAAGGAUCCAUGCCUGUUUUAGGUUUGAGAAAACCGCAAUUUUAACUGAGUGGGUUUGAACAAUAUACUUAGUUGUUAGGUAUAUGUGAGAAAAUUUUAGUCAGCUGUAAGGCUCUUAUUCCCAAUCUCUCGUUCUACUUGGAAGCAUAUAACACCAUUAUACCAUAUACAAACGUAUAGUAAUCUGCAUUACCACUGUAUCAACGUACUUACGUACGAAGAUGCUAUCACAAUACUUCAUUGAAGUGUUUAAAAAAGUUUUUGUUUUUUAGUGGAAAUAUACCAUCAGCUUUAUAAAAGUGCUGUUCUUCAGCUUUUGAGCAUUAAUGAUCCACUUGUUGUUCUUGACUGUCUCCAUAUUUUGCUGGAAGAGUGAAAGCUAGUCUGUCUGAUGUACCAGGGUCUAUUUGUCAAGUUGCUGUUCAGGUUCCACAGGUAAAGGCUCCCAGGGGGGGUACUCGGGAUUUCAAGUGACCGGGAUGAUCAAAGGAUCUUUUUGAGUUUGAAAUUUUCAAUUCCGGGAUUUUUUUGGGUACGAAAAUUUGGCUUAGGUAGCUUGAUUUGAGUAGGGAUUUUUUUGGGUUAUUUAAAAGAAUCGGUAGAGCCCUGGCUGCGUAGUUCUGCGAAUAAAGUACAAACAAACGUGUUUUGCUGUUGUUUAAUAGUUAACUAUGGUGUCGCUUUACAUCGUACGUUUUAUACAAUAGUCUGCAUAAAAUUGGCAUGGGAUUUUUUGGGGGUUAAUUUUUUGUCCAGGGAUUUUUUUGGGUUUUGCUGGAAGCCCUAGGGAUUUUUUUGGGUCUUGACUGUUGGCUCCAUUCGAUCAUCCCCACCACUUGAAAUCCCGAGUACCCCCCCUGGGUAAAGGCUCUCUGGAUUUUCAGUACUUGUAAUAAGUUAAAAGACUUAUGAACGCUUUACAGAGAAACAGCUUAGAUAUGUUACUUGUAGGUUUUCUUUUAUCUUUGGAACAAAGGACUUAACUACUCAAUAAAUAGCUUUCAUUAGUCUAGCAUUCUGACUCACGUCCACAAGCUAGGCUGCUAAAAAGAUGAAGCCAACUUGUACAAUGUACAUGAAAGUACUUCUUAGAAACACUUAUUAUCAGUAGAUAGGAAGCAGUUUAGUAUAGUACUUUAACUUUUGUUCUAUCCUUCUUUUCUCAGGCUUUUCAUCGAUUUCAAUGUUCCAGUUUUGAUGAGGCAGCUGACAAAAGAUUUAAUACUUUCAUAAAUGAGGUAUACAUGCUGUCAAGGAGACUAUUUUAAUAGAUUUUGUAUAAUAAUUUGAAAACGACGUGAGCUGCAAAUUGCAUGAAAGUACAAAAUGUAGCUGGUUCAGCCAGCGAGCACUGACAGGGGUAUGAAUAAAUAAUUGGUGCUGCACAGAAUAGGAAAAACAGUUUACAUUCUCUGGGAGGGGCCAACAAGGUAAGAAUACUAGUGAAUGGCCAAGGUGGGUGAGUGUAACACCCAUUAAUUUUAUAGCAUUCACUGUAUCUAGAAUAUAUUUUAUUGUAUUUUAAUUCCCUAUAGUUUUUUAUGCAGUGUUUAUACUGACAAGUCCAAUUCAGCUAUAUGAAAUGACAUAGACUUUACUCAAACAUUAGAUAAAAAGGAUGUUAAAUUAUUAUUAAAAUUAAUAAAAAAUUAAUCAAUAUGAAAACACAUAUGAAUCAGCUACAAAGUAAAGUUCUUAUAUGUUCAACUAUCGGUGCAUUAAUGUCACAUUAAUCUAGUUUUAGGCUUGGCAUUACAAUUUACAAGGUUUUAGAUUCGUGCUGUUUGUUAGUUGUGAACUUGCCAUAAUCUUCAUGGUAAGAGUGAAUUAACAGGCUCUACUUUUAAGACUGACUUAGAAAAGAGUGAAAUAAAUAGAAUGAUAGAUUGACGGUUAGUUUUCAUGGUGUAUGUUGCAGGUUUUACCAGAGUUCAAAGGCUCUCUCAUGGGUCACACAGCCAUAUUUGUUCCAUCAUACUUUGACUUUGUCCGUCUUAGAAACUACUUCAAACGAGAAGGCAUUGAAUGUGCUCAAAUAUCUGAGUAAGUAAUUUGGAAAAAACUCAGCAAGGGGUGGUGCGUGACCCUCAAUAAGAGCUGCAUGUGUAGAGUUGUUGUUUUCCUUUGUUAUUGAUUGAAGCCAAUUACUUUUUUAUGUUCUUGUUGCCAUCAUCAUUGUGAUAUCUUAAAUCUCCUUAGUCUUCGAAUAACAUCUUCCAUUCAAAAGUUAUAGCUUGAAUUGUCAUUCUUAUUUUCUGUGAGCUUUUUGGCAGACUCUUUACGAAUGACCACUCACUAUUAUUUGAAUGAGAAUUUUACAUUCCUUCAAUUCUCUAAUUCCACAAACUAUUUGGUCAAAAAGAGUGCUUCUAAUUUGCUUCCAUGUUCAAUUUCUUACAUGGAAAGUGUAGGGGAUGCUCAGCCAUUUUUUUAAAUUUUAUUCUUAUUCUUCAUUGUUGUCCCUUUACGUCUUGACAUGAGAUUUUAGAACAAUUUACCUGUCAAAUUUCAGAUAUUCGCAGAAAAAGGACAUACAGAGGGCUAGAACAUAUUUCCUGCAGGGAAAAAGGCCAUUUCUCUUGUUCACGGAAAGAUUUUAUUUCUUCUACAGGUACAUACACUGUAAAUUAAUUUUGACCAGAAUAAAUUUCUGUUUUACAAAUACAGUAAGGGGGACAUAUAACUGGGAUUAAUUUUAGGGUAUGAAGAUGACAGGUAACCCAAGUCAACUAGAUUGGGUGAGGCAUAGUGCGAUAUUCACAGGGGCGAUGUUCACAGGGAGCGGCUUGUAAAAGAUCUGAUUAUUCAAAAUAUGGAAAGCGUCCCCAAAAAAUACAGAUAAAUUUCUAUAUGGCAGAGUUAUUUUGAAUGCUUCAUUUGUGGCAAAAGUCCUGAUCAUUAUUUUGUUGUCCUGAAUUGCUCACUUAUCACAGGUUACUUUUUUUUCAAUUUUCAGAUAUCGAAUCAAAGGAAUUAAAAACAUCAUCUUCUAUGAACUGCCACUCUACUCUACCUUCUACUCUGAAAUUCUAAACCACAUGGACACUUGGCAUAGCCAUUCGGACUCCCAGGUUAAUCCUGUCACAUGUACAGUGCUGUAUACAAAGUCAAAUGCCUUGCGGUUAGCGGGUGUGGUCGGUACAAAUCGCUGUGCUCACAUGAUCUCAUCAGACCAACAGGUGCACAUGUUUGUGACUGGAGAUGAUGAAUCAUAAGAUUUGCACAUGUGGAGAGCGAGGAUGAGCGGGUGUGGUCAUUACAAAUACCUUGCGGUUAGCGGGUUUGGUCAGUACAAAUUGCUGAGCUCACAUGAUCUCAUCAGACCAACCGGUGCACAUGUUUGUGACUGGAGAUGAUGAAUCAUAAGAUAUUAAAUUAUGUGGCUAUGAAUCUAGCUCUGCGCAUUUGGACAUACUAAUCCAGGAUUUAUUUAUUUGUCAUGGGAGGGGGUCAAAUAGACCCUGCUUCCAUGGUUGUUUUUUUCAGUGUUAAUAACGACCAGUUAGUGUAUAUCAAUCAACACUGUGCGAAAGAAUGCCUUAAAAUUAGAAAACUUACCAAGUUUAAACUUAAGGUGAUAAGAUCCAAAACGAACAAAGACACUGCCCCAUGAAGUCGCAAAAUUUUACAGACGUUUGUAUAGUUGGGCACAACCUUGCCCCUCACUGUAAAAAUUCCACAACUUUGCAGAACUUUAUCUUUUAGUUUUCAACAAAUCACUUCCAAGGGCAACUUUACACUGAUUUUAAGGAAUUCUUUUCAGCAGUGGUGACAGAUGUUUGCUAUCAGGUCCCAGUUAAAGUUGAAAAAAAAACUGAAAAGUUCCAGCCUCCUCCUCAGGCCUUUUUGUUUUUCGCAUGGUAGAGGCAAGCCCACAGGGAAAGGUCUAUUUUACAUUAUGUACAGUCCUCUACAAUACAGUGCAUUUAUCACUCUCAUGUGACUGUUUCAUUAUAGGAUGAGUAAAAUCCCACAAAAUUUGUCAUAGUCUUUUUUACAUAUUUAUUGAAUCUUCAAUUAAAAUUAGAGAAUCAUCUUCUCAACAAAUAUGUUCAGUGGCAAGGUACUAUAUCUGUUUGUAUAAUAAGAGAAUAGUUAUGAAAUAUCACGCUGAUAUAUACGAUGGCAAGGUAAAUUAUCUGUCUGCAUUUAAAGAGAAUGAAAUGUUGCUGAUGUUUUUGAACUGCAAGGCGCAAUUCCAUAUGUUAAUUUAUUAUAAGAAGGUAUAAAAACUCUCAGCUGGAAUAUGCAAUUUUGCUUAGGUGGUGAUUGUCAACAAAAUACAAUUUUUAAAAAGUGAUAAAUAAAGUUCUUUUUUAACUUCAAGAAGGCAGGAUUCUCCACUGUAAAGAGAAAAUGGUAUGAAUAUGAAAUGGCAUAACUAACUCGAGUUGACAGAGUUUGAAUACCAGUUCUCAUAAAUCUGGUGGGAAUAUUGAAACCCGUGGAAUGCUCCAGAAUUUGCACUAUGAGUUUGCCUUAAACCAAGUGCAGAAAUCUUUCAGCUGUUUGUAUAUGCGAAGAAAAACCCAAUAACAGAACUUGUUCAACAAGCUCAUGCUGUGUGCUAUAGAACAUUUUGGCAGCCACUGAGUGGAGGGCAUUGCCAAGCCUUGGUAGAACAGACCAUUUUACAGUUGUCGGCUUGGUACCCUAGCAUUCAAGUAGAUGUGAGGCUGAGGCUUGUUACAAAUUAAACUUCCUUUGUUUUCAUGCAGAAAAUUAAACAAAAAAUACUAGUUUGCAUAAGAACAACAUAAUUUACAUAAUAAAGCAGGAAGGAUUGUAUCAAAACAAGGUCAACUCCAAGCUCGUUUUCAUUGAUAACUGUAAAAUGGUCUUUUUGUUGCUGCAGUAUAAAUUCUUCGAAUGUUGAAAAUGAAAGCACU